CCCUUUCUUAGUUUAAAGUGGUGAAUAUAUAAACUGAAACUCUCUUUUCACACCACAUCGUCUUCAGCUGUCCAACCAGUAGAGUCAACAAUCACACAAAAUGUAUGCCAAAAUCUCAAUUCUUCUUGUGGCCUUAGCUGCCGUCUCUGCCAUACCUUAUUCCGAGUACCAGUACGACCCCGAAGUCCAGGACGCUUACGAGGAAUAUUCUCCCGAAGAACUCUAUGAAAUCCAUCGUAUCAGACGUUCUCUUCAAGGAGGAGCACCCAAUUUCCCUCAACCUUCCCAGCAAAAUGGAGGGUGGCAGGUGAGCCCUGAUCUGGGAAGAGACGAUAAAGGAAACACCAGAGGUCAAAUUGAAAUUCAAAACAAAGGAAAAGACCACGACUUUAAUGCUGGAUGGGGAAAAGUGAUUCGAGGACCCAACAAGGCCAAACCCACGUGGCACGUUGGAGGAACCUACAGGUGGAGACGUUCUCUUCAAGGAGGAGCUCCCAAUUUCCCUCAACCUUCCCAGCAAAAUGGUGGAUGGCAGGUGAGCCCUGAUCUGGGAAGGGACGAUAAAGGAAACACCAGAGGCCAAAUUGAAAUUCAAAACAAAGGAAAAGACCACGACUUUAAUGCUGGAUGGGGAAAAGUGAUUCGAGGACCCAACAAGGCCAAACCCACGUGGCACGUUGGGGGAACCUACAGGUGGAGACGGUCUCUUCAAGGAGGAGCUCCCAAUUUCCCUCAACCUUCCCAGCAAAAUGGAGGGUGGAAGGUGAGUCCUGAUCUGGGAAGGGACGAUAAAGGAAACACCAGAGGUCAAAUUGAAAUUCAAAACAAAGGAAAAGACCACGACUUUAAUGCUGGAUGGGGAAAGGUUAUUCGAGGACCCAACAAGGCCAAACCCACUUGGCACGUUGGAGGUACCUACAGGUGGAGACGUUCGCUGCAACCAGGAGCUCCCAAUGUUCCCCAGCCUGGUCAACAACAAAAUGGUGGAUGGUCCGUAAACCCCGACCUCGGAAGGGACGAGGAUGGAAACACCAAGGGCCAAAUCGAAGUUAAUCAUAAAGGACAGGACCACGAUUUUAACGCUGGAUGGGGAAAAGUUAUUCGUGGACCCAACAAGGCGAAACCCACGUGGCACGUUGGAGGAACCUUCAGGUGGUAUAAAAGUAUCUUCUCCAAUUCUCUACCUCAGAACAACGUUUGUACUCUAAACUACGUUUUUGACGAGUCUUCUGCUCUUCUACGCAAUCACAGGAUGUACGGAAAACUUGUCAUUCUUCUUGUGGCACUAGUUGCCGUUUCUGCCAUUCCUGUGUCCGAAUACCAGUACGACCCUGAAGUCGAAGACGUCUUCGAAGUUUACUCUCCUGAAGAAGUCUACGAAUUGCGUCGCGUCGGACGUUCCCUUCAACCAGGAGCUCCCAAUGUUCCCCAGCCUGGUCAACAACAAAAUGGUGGAUGGUCCGUAAAUCCCGACCUCGGAAGGGACGAGGAUGGAAACACCAAGGGCCAAAUCGAAGUUAAUCAUAAGGGAAAAGACCACGAUUUUAACGCUGGAUGGGGAAAAGUUAUUCGUGGACCCAACAAGGCGAAACCCACGUGGCACGUUGGAGGAACCUUCAGGUGGUGAAGGGAUUUAACGUGAAGAUGUGUUCGUAAUAUUGUUUGUGAUAUUUUUUGAAAAUGUGUACUUAUUUAUUUUUU